AUGGGCCUGAGCCCCGCCGCCCGGGGCGAGGGCGGGCGCUGCCUCCCUAGGUUCCCACGGUCCCGCGUCAGGCCCGCCUUGAGAACGGCGAGUACUGGGCCGAAUGGCACCCAGCCCGCUCCUGGACUUGCAGCCGGGCCCCGGUCAGGCCGCCGCGGGCAAGAAUCUGUGGGAUCUCAGGCGUUGGACCAGCUUUUGCCCAAGCAGCCACAGCAGGGUACGAUAGAGCAGGGCAGAAGCAGUGUCCAGCAGAGGGAGAAGUCCGCAGUCAGCCUGGAGUCCACACCCAACCAGAAGAGAACAGAGCGGAAUUCAACCCCGAAGCCUGGGACUACGGGCAGGUUAACGAAGCAAGCAGCGGAGAAUAAACCAAAACCCAGACCUGGGGACCUGAUUGAGAUUUUUCGGAUUGGCUAUGAGCACUGGGCCAUCUACGUGGAAGAUGAUUGUGUGGUUCACCUGGCUUCCCCAAGUGAGGAGUUUGAGGCUGGCAGCAUCACUUCUGUCUUCAGCAACCGGGCGGUGGUGAAAUACAGUCGUCUGGAGGACGUGCUGCACGGCUGCUCCUGGAAGGUCAACAACAAGCUGGAUGGGACGUACCUGCCCCUGCCUGUGGACAAGAUCAUCCAGCGGACAAAAAAGAUGAUCAACAAGAUCGUGCAGUACAGCCUGAUUGAGGGGAACUGCGAGCACUUUGUCAACGACCUGAGAUACGGCGUGCCCAGGAGCCAGCAGGUGGAGCACGUGCUGAUGGAGGGAGCCAAGGCGGCAGGGGCGGUGCUGUCAGCCGUGGUGGACAGCAUAAGACCCAAAUCAGUGACGGCCUGA